AUGACUGCUGUUCUAUUUAUUUGCUUCAUCCUCUUUUGUAUCUCAUUCACCCCUUCUUUGCAACACGUUAGUGAAUCUGAACCGCUCGUGCGGUUCAAGAGCUCGGUGAAUAUAACUAAAGGAGAUUUGAAUUCAUGGAGAACAGGAACCGAUCCAUGCAAUGGAAAAUGGUUUGGGAUCUAUUGCCAAAAGGGUCAAACAGUCUCGGGAAUUCACGUUACCCGACUCGGUCUCUCGGGGACCAUCAAUGUCGAGGAUUUAAAAGAUCUUCCGAAUCUAAGGACGAUCAGGCUUGACAACAAUCUCCUCUCAGGUCCACUCCCUCUUUUCUACAAGCUGCCUGGCUUAAAAUCACUAUUGCUCUCAAACAAUAGCUUUUCUGGUGAGAUUUCUGAUGAUUUCUUCAAGGAAACCCCACAGCUCAAGCGAGUUUUUCUCGAUAACAAUCGAUUAUCUGGAAAAAUCCCUGCUUCUUUGAUGCAACUCUCAGGUCUUGAGGAGCUUCACAUGCAAGGCAACCAGUUCUCUGGAGAGAUACCUCCUCUUACAGAAGGAAACAAGAUUUUAAAAUCUCUUGACCUCUCCAAUAAUAACCUAGAAGGAGAGAUCCCAAAAAGCAUUGCUGAGAGGAAAAAUCUACAAAUGAAGUUCGAAGGGAAUCAAAAGCUUUGCGGACCACCUCUAAAUACAAAAUGUGAGGAGCAACCUUCAUCAACAGGAGAGAACAAUGAUGUCACGAAGAAAGCUAUCUUUAUGGUCAUUUUGUUUCUUGUAUUAUUCUUGAUUCUUGUGGCAAUUAUAACUAGAUUGAAGAAAAAGAGACAGCCCGAGUUUCGAAUGCUCGGCAAAGAUCAUCUAAGCGAUCAAGAAAGCGUGGAAGUCCGUGUACCAGACUCAAUAAAGAAGCCUAUCGAGUCAAGCAAGAAGAGGAGCAACGCGGAUGGUUCCUCUAAGAAAGGUUCAUCGCACGGUAAAGGUGGAGGAGGUGGUCCAGGAGGAGGCAGCAUGGGAGACAUUAUAAUGGUCAACAAUGAGAAAGGCUCUUUUGGUUUACCUGAUCUUAUGAAGGCUGCAGCCGAGGUGCUAGGAAAUGGUAGCCUUGGAUCAGCCUAUAAGGCAGUGAUGGCUAACGGACUAUCUGUAGUUGUGAAGAGGAUUAGGGAUAUGAAUAAACUUGCUCGUGAUGCAUUUGAUAUUGAGAUGCAACGGUUUGGGAAACUUCGACAUCCUAACGUUCUUACCCCUCUAGCUUAUCACUACCGUCGUGAAGAGAAGCUUGUUGUCUCUGAAUAUAUGCCUAAAAGUAGUCUACUCUAUGUUUUGCAUGGAGAUCGUGGGGUUUAUCAUUCAGAGCUAACUUGGACAAUAAGGUUGAAGAUCAUACAAGGAGUGGCACGAGGAAUGAACUUUUUACAUGAGGAGUUUGCGUCGUAUGAUCUCCCACAUGGCAAUCUCAAAUCAAGCAAUGUUCUACUAAGUGAAACCUAUGAGCCAUUGAUUAGCGAUUACGCUUUCCUACCACUUCUUCAGCCAAAUAACGCCUCGCAGGCUUUGUUCGCGUUUAAAUCCCCCGAAUUCGUACAAAACCAGCAAAUAUCCCCAAAAUCAGACGUUUAUUGCCUCGGAAUCAUCCUUCUUGAGGUCAUGACAGGAAAAUUCCCUUCUCAAUACCUAAAUAACGGGAAAGGAGGGACGGAUAUAGUCGAAUGGGUACAAUCUUCAAUCGCGCAACAUAAAGAAGAAGAGCUUAUUGAUCCGGAGUUAGCAAGUAAUACUGAUUCAAUGCAACAAAUGGUGGAAUUGUUGCGGAUUGGGGCUGCUUGUAUCGCAAGUAACCCUAAUGAAAGAAAUAACAUGAAGGAGAUUGUUAGAAGGAUAGAACGAGUAACACUUUGAGGAGAUUCAGCAAUGCAAACACAGCCUUUGGAAUAUGUAGAUAAACAAACACAUGAGGAAAAUGGUAUGUUGCGUAAAUAGAGAAUGAAACAAUAUUUUCCUCUAGCUCAACUAAAACAACAAGGAGAUAUUUUUUGGUAACAAAAAAAAUCAUUUCUUUCUUUUGUGUGUUCAUUAGGAAGAGGCAAAGA